UACAGGGAAAACAGGCACAGGUAAAAGGAAAAGACACAGUGACAUAUUUGUGUAGAAGAAAGGAAAAGGAGCAGUAAAGGAAUUCACAACUUACCUAACAAAUAGACACAGAACCAUCCCCUGUCCCCCCAGCCUAUUUUAGAGUCCUCUGACACAUGAAGGAUGCCAAAAAGUGAAAAACAAACAAAACCUCAAAAAAAAACAACCCCAAAAAACCCCACAAACCACCACCCCAAAUUACAGCAAUUACUUGAUCGGGGCAUUUUCACUUCCUAAUCUGUGAGAGAGAAGUUCCCCUGGGUCAUCUGACCUCUGUUGAAACUAAACCAGGAAGAGGAGCAGCAGCAGUCAGCGAGUGCAGGGUGUUCUCCAGCUAUACAAAAGCCUCUCCUGUGUGAGCCAGAGCUCAGAGCAGCACAGGGAUGUGCAUGUGUGCGUAUACAUAGCAAGGCGAGGUGCAAAUAUCCUCCCAGCCAGAUCAUCUCUUGCACAACUCUCCAAUCCUGUGCAGCCUGGCAGACCUUUUCUUUUUCCCUCUGCUGCUCAUCUCCAAACAUGCCUCUAGAGCAGAGCUUCUGAAGAGCUGCUUCCCCCUGUGCAUCUCCCUGAAAGCAGCUCUCUCCAAGAAGAGGCAGUGACCAGCAGCAUGGUGGGAAUGAUGGCAAUGAAGACAUGGAUUGAGCCGGUGGUUGCAAGCUCACAAGUGGCCAGUGCCUUCUACGACACAGCUCUGCUGCUGGUGGUGAAAAACUACUACAACCAGACCAAUAGCACUGCUCCUUCCCAUGCACUAGAAGAUGCUCAGCAGAAGGCUGUCUCCAAUUUUUAUAUCAUCUACAACCUUGUUCUGGGCCUGAGCCCGCUGGUGUCAGCCUACGGCUUGUCCAAGCUGGGGGACAGGAUACAUCGGAAGAUCCCCAUCUGCUUCCCUCUUCUUGGUUACUUGGGCUCCAAAACUCUCCUGCUCCUCCUGAUCCUGCUGGGCUGGCCAAUCGAGGUGAUGUAUGGGGCUGCUGCCCUCAAUGGGCUGACGGGAGGCUUCACUACACUUUGGGCAGGCAUCAUGGCUCUGGGAUCCCUGGGCUCCUCCGAGAGCAGGAGGUCUCUGCGGCUCAUCAUUAUUGAACUGGUGUAUGGCCUCGCUGGGUUUGUGGGAAGCAUGGCAUCUGGCUAUCUCUUUGUUGGCUUCAGUGACCGCUAUCGAGAAGGGACUGUGCUGGUGUGCUGCAGCAUCGCUUGCUACGCUUUCUGCCUCCUCUACAGUAUUUUUAUCCUGACAGUCCCCAAGCCAGGAGCCUCCUGCCCAGCCAAAGAAAAGAGUGCAGAAGAGGUGGGUAGCCAGCUACCAGCCCAUACAGGAGCAGCAGCAGCAACAGGGAGUUCCCAACCUUCAGGAGGCAGCAGCUCCUCUCUAAUAUCCCCCUCGAAACUCAUCAUCAUCCUGCUAUUUGUGGCAGCAAUCCUCUAUGACCUUGCCGUAGUUGGUGCAAUGAACGUACUCCCACUGUUCUUGCUCAGGGAGCCUUUAAGUUGGAAUGCUGUGGAGAUCGGCCAUGGCAAUGCUGCUGGGUACGUGAUCUUCAUCACCAGCUUCCUAGGGGUACUCGUCUUCUCCAGAUGCCUCAGGGACAUUACCAUGAUCAUGAUUGGAGUAGUAUCGUUCAGUGCUGGCAUCCUCAUCAUGGCCUUCGUGCAGUGGACGUUCCUGUUCUACAUUGCACGGGCAGUGAUGCUCUUUGCCCUCAUCCCCUUACCAACCAUCAGGUCCAUGUUGUCCAAACAUGUCGAAGGAUCAUCCUAUGGUAAGGUGUUUGUCUUGCUGCAGCUGUCUUUAGUCAUCACGGGAGUAGUGACAUCUACAGUCUAUAACAAGAUCUAUCAAAACACACUGGACUGGUACAGCAGCUUCUGCUUCAUUUUGUCUUUUCUAGUUGGCUGCCUGAGUCUCCUCCCUUUAAGCUUUGUGGCCAUCAAACAACGUUCAACCACUGGCUCCCUUCAGAUUCUGACUGAGUGACAGAGGCAUCUUUUGGUCGUUAUCAACUCUCUGAGCUACCGAAGUGGAAGUUUUGCCAAGCAUCAGUCCCCACAGUUACCAACAUUACCGAAAGCAUAUCAUUUUUAUUUCCAUUUCACAGCAUGCCACGGCCUCUCAGUCACUAAGCUCACCCAGAAAAAGAAGCUUUCCUUGUUACUUCUGCAGUACCUCAUCUUGCAGAGUAUGUGCAUUGGCUAUUGCAAACUAGCAGUCCUCAGAGCGUUCUGCUUUCUGCUGGGCUAGUUAGCAAUAGCACAGAGGGACAACAAUACCAAGCAGAAAUGAAAACACUGUUUCUAGGCACACCAUUCAGUAUGGAAGGAGAAAACAGAGGAUCGGUUUUCCAUUAGUUCCUUCCUGUCCAUUCAGAAACCUCAGGGCAGUUCUGGGACUUUGGCUGAUGAAACAGGGGACUGCAAGCCACAUGCAACGUGCACACAGCCAUCAGCAGAACACACCAGCUCUCCCGAUGCUACAGAUGUGAUCAGCACAGCCAAAUAACAUUACAUAGAAGACCAUUAAAUACAGAAAUACCACCAUAAAAAGAUGUAAGCUAAAGACUCUUUUAGUAAUCCCUACAAUAAAACACUCCUGAACAGAUAUUCGUGCCCUUGACUUCUGGGAAAUUGUCCCACUGUCCCUGGACAGUCCUUCAACAGAGCUCACAGGACUAAGACUCAAGAGCCAAUGCUGGUGUUUCAGCUCACACCACCGGGAUGUGCUACUCUUGUAACGUGUUAAGAACAGGUAUGCA